AUGUACUCCACUCUCAUUUCCGUCGCUCUCUUCUCCGCGCUCGCCAUCCAGGGAGCUCUUGCCGACUUCACCGUCGAAACCCCUACCAUCACCCAGUGCGAGCCUGUCCAGCUCAAAUGGGAUAGCACCAACGCGAAGUCCUACAAUGUCGCGAUCGUCUCCGCCGCCAACCCGUGCGACGAUGUUCUCGCCGACCUUGGCGAUCACGAAGUGAACCACAUCACCUGGACUCCCACUCUCAAGGCGGGCACCCAGGUCAUGCUCUCCAUUCUCGACUCGGACGAUAACGAGGCUUGGUCGGGCGAGAUCACCGUCAAGGGCGGUAGCAACACAUCCUGCUUGGCUGUCUCCUCCUCGAGCGCUUCGAGCUCGGCGUCGCACUCCUCGACCGCGUCGUCGGCUUCUGCCAGCGGCACCACUCUGGUCGUUAACCCUGCUGCCGCGCCUUCGAGCUAUUCUGCGCCUGCUGCGCCUUCGUCUAGCGGCGCCAGCGUUGUUGGCGCCGCCAACUCCGGUAUUCUUGGUGACAGCAACGGUGCUUUCUCCGUCCGCUUCUCCGUGCCCUCUGUCGCCCUCGGCGCUAUCGUCGCCGUC